GUGAAACUUAAGUGCUGUUGAGCUGAUAUUUGUUUCUCUUUCUGACAGUACAUGCAGUGAAAUGGCAGAAACCAGUUUUUCCCAGGACCAGUUCAGCUGUCCGGUGUGUCUGGAUCUCCUGAAGAAUCCAGUGACCAUUCCCUGUGGACACAGUUUCUGUAUGAGCUGUAUUACAGAGUGCUGGGAUCAGGAGGAUCUGAUGGGCGUCUACAGCUGUCCUCAAUGCAGGCAGACCUUCACUCCAAGACCUGCUUUAAAUAAAAACACUAUGCUGGCUGAAGUGGUGGAGCAACUGACUAAGACUAAACUUCAGGCUUCUGUUCCUGCUGGACCUGAAGAUGUGGAGUGUGACGUCUGUACUGUGAGAAAACACAAAGCCAUCAAGUCCUGUCUGGUGUGCCUGAACUCUUACUGUCAAAAUCACCUCCAACAACAUGAGAAUCUCUUUAAAGGUAAGAGACACAAUCUGACAGAAGCCAUUGGACGACUUCAGGAGAUGAUAUGCCCGAAACAUAAUAAACAACUGGAGAUCUACUGUCAUACUGACCAGCAGUGCAUUUGUUAUCUGUGCACGAUGGAUAAUCACAAAAACCAUGAUACUGUAGCAGCUGUAGCAGAGAGGACAAAGAAACAGGUGGUUUUGGAAGAGAGAAAGAGAAAAUUCCAGCAGAGAAUCCAGCAGAGGGAGAAAGAUCUUGAGGAGCUGAGAGAGGCUGUGGAGUCUCAUAAGCGCUCUGCACAGACAGCAGUGGAGGACAGUGAGAGGAUCUUUACUGAGCUCAUCCUCUCCAUUGAGAGAAGCCGCUCUGAGUUGAAACAGCGGAUCAGAGAACGGGAAAAGGCUGCAGUGAGUCGAGCUGAAGGACUCAUAUAUCGACUGGAGCAGGAGAUUGAUGAUCUGACGAGGAGAGGCGCUGAACUGGAGCAGAUUUCACAAACAGAUGAUCACAUACAUUUCCUCCAGACCUUCCAAUCUCUUGCUAUAUCCCCUGAAUCUACAGAUAUUCCUGAUGUCACUGUAAGCUCUCUCCUCUCUUUUGAUGAUGUAAGAAAGUCUAUCUCUCAACUGAAAGAAAAACUAGAGGAUUUCUGUAGAGAUGAAAUUGACAAGAUUUCUGGCAAAGCAACAUACAUUGAAAUUAUCCCCACCAAUGAACCAAAGAUCAGAAAGGAGUUUCUACAAUAUUCCAGUGGGUUCACUCUGGAUCCAAACACAGUGAAUAAACACCUCCGUCUGUCUGAGAGGAACAGAGCAGUUACCUUCACUGACGGAGUCCAGCAGUAUCCUGAUCAUCCAGACAGAUUUGAUAGUUUGUUGCAUGUGUUGUGUAGAGAGAGUGUGUGUGGACGCUGUUACUGGGAGACUGAGUGGAGCGGGAGUCUUGGUGUGGGUAUAUCAGUGUCAUAUAAAAACAUAAGUAGGAAGGGACGGGGAAAUGAGUGUUUAUUUGGAUAUAAUGAUCAAUCCUGGAGACUGUCUUGUUCUCCUUCUAGUUACUCAUUCUGGAACAAUGGCAGUUGUUCUGAUUUCCCUGAACUCUUCAGCUGCAGGAGAAUAGGAGUGUAUGUGGAUCACAGAGCAGGGACUAUGUCCUUCUACAGCGUCUCUGACACAAUGAGCCUCAUCCACAGAUUCAAGACCACAUUUACUCAGCCUCUCUAUCCUGGGUUUGCAGUUCAUCGUGGAUCAGCAGUGAAAUUGUGUGACCUAACCAGUGUUGGGGAGUAACUACUCACAUGCAACGGAGUUAAGUCAUUCAAUUACAAAAUAAAUGUAACUUUAAUUAGUUACAGUUACUGUUAUUUAUUAUUAUUAUUAUUAUUAUUAUUAUUAUUAUUAUAGUUUACUUAUGAAAAUGUUGAAGAUUACAAAGGGGCUUUAAAUCUGAAAAUUUUCACACACAUACAGACUUAAUUGAAUAUUUUUAAUAAAUUGCACUGACUGCUCUAAAAUAUGAGACACUAAUGUUCCAGGAGUUUAAGACACAGAACGGGACAUGUUUAUAUGAUAACUGUUUUAUUUCCUGCUUGGGUUUAUGUAUAUGUUUUUUUUUAAGAUUAACUGUUAGAUGCCUGUGUUUCAUGUCAUAUCUUUGCAAAUAUUUUAUUUUUAAAACAGUAGCAUAGCUAUUAAACUAUUUCUUGUGAUUUUAAAUCUGUAUUAAAGCUCAGAAUGAUCUCAAAUUAAAAAGUGGUGUUAAAGUCUGAUUUCAUGGAGGCUGUGCUUUAAAAUUAAAUUAUUAUAAUCUUAAUUAAAGAAUAAGGGAUUCUGAAAGUCUGACAAUAAUCAGUGUUGAGUCCUGCAUGGUUAACCCAAACUGCUUUAACCUGUUAACUGUCACUCACAUUUUUGAAGAUAGACUUGAAUGUGCAUGAUACAAACCUAAAUUUUUAUAAUUCAUGACUGAAAACAUUUUGUAACAUGAUUUUGAUGUGCCAUUUACAUGGUAAUGCAAUGUCUGAUUUUAAAAUGGGUUUUAAAGGAUGAAUUUUGAGAUUUUAUGUUUUCAAGUGAUAUAUAACUUCUGAUGAUUUCUAAAAUGUGAUAGAGAAAAAGGCAACGAGGAAGUCUUUUUUUUAAACAAAGGUCAAAGCUCCUUUUGUAAUGUAGAUUUCUGAGGGUGCACUCUUGUCAUAAAUUGAUCUAUUACUUUUCCUACAUAAUUUUUAACAAAAAAUAUUGGUAUAAUAUAUAUUUGGGAGUCUUAGACCUUUCCAACGAUAUUUAGUUUGUCAAGAUUAGAUUAAAUUUGAUUGUAAUAUAGUAUAGUCAACGUAGGCGUCCCGUAUACGGGACGGGGUGACAUGAGAAACAGGUUAAAUGUUUCAAAAUGAUUUACAGUUGAAAACUUUCAUAAGAAAUUUAGAAACGUAAUCAAGAUUUUUCUCCCAAAAAAUCAGAUGAAUCAGUUACAAUGAGCUAUUUAAUCUCUAAAUAAUAACUCAAUACUGUAACUGAAGGUCUGACACUAUAAUAUAUUGUCUUUAAUACUGUUGGACGACUGGACAAUGAAUCCAUUUAGAAUAAAUAUGGAAAAUAUCAAAAUAAAAACACAAAUGAUAUGAAUGCGUGUAUUUAUCUAUUGGAUUUUAUUUUAAACAUAUGUUUUAUGUGAUUACAUGACUGUGAUUGUCAGACUGCAAAUCCCACCUCACCUAAGCAAGACUUCUAUGACAUUUUUUAACAAUAAUAAAUAACUUGCAUUUAUGUUUUAUUUUUUAUAUUGUAUGUAUUGGAAAGUAGUUAUGCAAUAUAUGCACAUACUUUUAUAAAUAAAAGUAAUUAUUAGAGUAAACAGUGCCUUCCUCCAACUUUGACUCAAGAUUUAAUCACACUAAUUAAGUGAGUACACAGACCAGCUAGUAUAUCAGAGAGCAUCCCAGGAGCAUCACCUGGCGCUCCAUGAAGGGGCCUACCUCGAUGCAGACAGAAGCCCUCAAUCAACGAGUAGUCCAGAAUGUCCCGGGACGGCACCCAGCACCUCUCCUCUGGAACACAAGCCUCCCAAUCCACAAGAUACUGAAACCCCCUGCCGCGUCGCCGCUCAUCCUGUAAUCUCUUAACCGUAUAGGUAGGAGAUCCAUCCACAAGAUGAGGGGGUGGGGCGACUACAAGCAGGAUUAAGGGGGGAAGAGAACACUGGCUUGAGCCUGGAAACAUGAAACUCCGGGUGAACCUGACCAAGAGUAGGAGGAAGCUUGACCCUGAUCGCCACCGGACUAACAACCUUGGUGAUGCGGAAUAGCCCAAUGAAUCUGGGUGCCAGCUUACGAGAAGGCACCCGGAGACGCAGAUCCUUGGUAGAAAGCCAAACCCGCUGACCACACACAUAUGCAGGAGGAGAGGUCCGGCGACGAUCGGCUGCAGACUUGGUUCAGCCAGAGGUUUGGACCAAAAUCCUCCUCGGGUUCCUGUGACGGGAACAGAGGUGGGUUAUAACCAACGGCACACUCAAAAGGAGACAUACUUGACGUGGCUACAGGAAGGGUGUUAUGAGCGUAUUCUGCCAACGGAGAGCUGCUGGCACCAGAAACUCGGAUUAUUGGAUGCUAGACAGCGGAGCAUUCUUCCUAGAUCCUGGUUGGCCCGCUCACACUUCCCAUAGGUCUGGGGAUGAAAACCUGAAGACAGACUCGCAGAGGCCCCAAUCUGUCUACAAAAUUCCCUCCAGAACCGGGAGACUAACUGGGGACCCCUAUCUGAAACCACAUCCACAGGCAACCCACGGAGAUGCAAGACGUGAUCCACCUCCAGUUGGGUGGUCUCCCGGAUGGAGGGCAGCUUGGGCAGGGGGAUGAAAUGAACUGCUUUGGAAAAGCGAUCCACCACCGUGAGAAUCACAGUGUUACCCCUCGACGGGGGAAGCCCAGAGAUAAAAUCAAGGUCGAUGUGUGACCAAGGGCAGGAAGGGAUAGGGAGAGGAUUAAGUAGACCAUCAGGAGGGCGAUUGACAGGCUUACAUUGGGCACAUGUUGGGCAGGCCAACACAAACUGUCUAACAUCUGUGGCCAUAGCAGGUCACCAGAAACGUUGUCGGAUGGCAGACAUUGUUCUCCGAAUACUUGGAGGCAGACUAACCUGGAUGUGUGACCUCACUCAAGGACUUCAGAGCGCAGCGCAGCCGGCACCGGCAACCUGUCCGCUGGGCACUCUCCUGGCACCUGCACCCCUCGACCAGCUUCCUCAACCCGCUGCUCGAUACCACAUGAAAGAGCCCGACCCACACCCCCUCAGGAAGGAUGGCCUUGGCUGCAAACUCCCUCCCUGGGGCCUCGAACAAGCGAGAGAGGGCAUCGGGUUUGGUGUUCCUAGAUUCCGGUCGGUACGAGAGGGUGAAGUUGAAUCUGGCAAAGAAGAGCGCCCAGUGGGCCGGACGCGACUCAGCCUCUUGGCCGAACGGAUCUAUUCAAGGUUGUUGUGAUCCGUCCAGACCAAGAAGGGCUGCCCCGACCCCUCCAACCAGUGACGCCACUCACCCAAGGCCAAUCGUACCGCCAUCAGCUCUCUAUUGCUGAUGUUGUAGAUACGUUCUGCAGGGCUGAGAUGACGAGAGAAGAAUGCACACGGGUGGACCUUCCCGUCAUGGAGGGAAUGCUGAGAUAGAACUGCGCCAACCCCAAUGUCCGAAGCAUCAACCUCGACAAUGAACUGGGCCUCAGGACCUGGAACCAACAAAACAGGUGCAGAGACAAAACGGGACUUUAAAAUGUCAAAGGCUACCUGUGCCUCCCGGUUCCAUCUGAAGGACACCUUAGUGGAGGUUAAGGCUGUGAGCAGUUCAGCGAUCUGACCAAAAUUCCUGCUGUAUUGCCGGUAGAAGUUGGCAAAACCCAGGAAACACUGCAGAGCUUUAAGGGAAUCAGGGAUCGGCCACUGGGUGACAGAUCUUAGUGGGAUCAGGCUUGAUCCCUCCCAUAGAAAUAAUGUGGCCAAGGAACGUAACAGACUCGGCAUGGAAUUUGCACUUCUCUGCCUUGACAAACAACUGGUUUCCUAGCAACCGCUGGAGAACCCAUCUGACAUGCUGGGUGUGUAAUUGGAGAGGGGGGGGGCAAGAUAUCAUCCAAACAAACAAAGACAAAUUGAUUAAUCAUGUCAUCCAACAUGCUGUUGACGAGUCCCUGGAAAAUGGCUGGAGCAUUUUUAAGACCAAACGGAAGAACCAAGUACUCGUAGUGUCCCGAAGGGGUGUUAAAGGUCGUCUUCCACUCAUCCCCCUCCCGAAUGCGCACCAAGUGGUAGGUGUUGCUCAGAUCUAGCUUGGUGAAGACCUGAGCUCCCUGCAACAAUUCAACAGCAGAAGACAUUAAAGGUAGGGGGUACCUGUUCUUUAUAGUAAUGUCAUUCAAACCUCUGUAAUCAAUACAGGGGUGCAGGGAGCCGUCCUUCUCUUGAACAAAGAAAAACCCAGCACCAGCAGGAGAGGAGGAAUGGCGGAUGAGCCCAACCUGAAGUGACUCACAUAUAUACUUGUCCAUGGCCUCACUCCCAGGACCCGAAAGGGAAUAUAAACGACCCUUAGGUGUAGAAGAGCCCGGGAGAAGAUCAAUGGCACAGUCGUAGGGGCGAUGCGGAGGUAGUGAGGUGGC